AUGGUACUUCCGCAACACACCGCUGCUUGGGUGUUUAACAAACAGGAUGGAAUUCAACGUCUAGACCGUGUAGAUGAUUUGCGCCUCCCAGUACUCAGAGAAGACGAAGUAUUAGUCAAAAUUCAUGCGGCUUCUCUGAACUAUCGCGACUUGGCGAUCGCCAAGGGAGGUCCAAGAUUGGUGGUGGGCAAGAAAGAUCUCAUUCCUGGCUCAGAUGGGUCGGGGGUGAUUGAGGCUGUAGGACCCAGAGUGGCUACGCUCAGCGUGGGAGACCAUGUUUGCGCACAUCUGACGUACGGGCUGUCAGAAACAGAACCUCCUCAAUUUCAUGAUAUCUGCAAUGGCCUGGGUCAGAAGAUUGACGGGACCCUAUGUCAAUUCGGUAUUUUUCAUGAGUCAUCACUGGUGAGGAUACCAGAAAAUCUCAACUUUCUAGAGGCGGCCACGUUGGCGUGUUCAGGCUUGACAGCCUGGAAUGCCUUGUUCGGCCUCAAGGGCAAAGAACCCAAGCAUGGUGACACUGUCGUGGUCCAAGGCACUGGCGGCGUUUCAAUCGCUGCUCUACAGUUCUCCCUUGCGGCCGGUGCUGUUGUGAUUGCCACCACUAGCAGCCAGGAAAAGGCGGAUAAGUUGAAGUCUCUGGGAGCCCAUCAUGUAAUCAAUUACAAAGAAAUAUCUGGCUGGGGUACGGCCGCCAAAUCCUUGACAGUGGAUGGCAAAGGUGCUCAUAUCGUCGUGGAUGUUGGCGGGGCGGCUACACUUUCAGAGUCUUUGAAGGCGAUUCGGGUCGAUGGGGUGAUUGCUGUGACUGGAAUUCUUGGAGCCGCGGCGAAUGUUCCGACACUGUUGGACUGCAAAUACUCUUGCUGCAUCGUUCGUGGAUUCUUCCUGGGAUCGAGGAAGCAGUUUGGUGAUAUGAAUAGAUUCAUUGAGCGGCACGAUAUUAAGCCUGUGCUGGACCAGAGAAUAUUUGAUAUGGCUUCGAAGGUGGUCGCUUUCUACUUGGAAUCCAAAUGGUAG